GAAGCCGGGAGUAUCCAUGGCCGCGAUGAGCCUCUUGCUGCGGGCUUCGGCCUCGGCGGUGACGCGAGCCAGUUUGGCUCUGACCCGCCGAGGGCUCGGGCCGCAACUGCGCCUCGGCGGCUUGCUGACCCGGGGCGUCCCGGGCGUGGGCACCGUGGCCCCAGUCCGACAUAGUGGAGGCCAUGGAAAGAGAAUGUUUGUCAUUAAACCUUCUGAAUUUUAUGACAAGAGAUUUUUGAAGUUGUUGAGAUUUUAUUUAUUGUUGACUGGGAUUCCAGUAGCGGUUGGCAUAACCUUGGUGAAUAUAUUCAUUGGCGAAGCUGAAUUAGCAGAAAUCCCAGAGGGCUACAUUCCAGAGCACUGGGAGUACUACAAGCACCCUAUAACCAGGUGGAUUGCACGCUAUGUUUAUGAACCUCCUGAAAAGGAUUAUGAAAGAACCAUGGCCAUCCUUCAAAUAGAAGCUGAAAAGGCUGACCUGAGGUUAAAGUAUCAACAGACAGACAGACUUAUGCGAGAAAGAGGGGAUGGACCGUGGUUUCAUUAUCCAACUGUUGAUAAAGCACUUAUCGAUCACGAUCCAAAAGCAUCACCUGACUAUUAAGCUAUUGAUUCUACCUAUCUGAAGUGCACUCUCUUUAGUGGAGGUAAAAUGAAGAAAUGCAUACUGUAUUGUUGUUCUUUGAAUAAAACAGCCAUUUAUUUCC